AUCGCGAAGAAAAAAAAAUCAUUACCCAAAAUCCCUUGCCGUACUUAACUUUUUUCUUCGCCGCCAUAGAAGCGAAAUUUUACUAUUUAGGCCUUUAUUUUGUAAAACAUUUACUUUAGAUGCAUUCAAUAACAGUAUGCGUCUUGAUUAAACGUAAUCAUGAAUGACUGAUUGUUUACUUACCCACCUGAUUUAACGGAAGUGAUGAUGAUGGGACCGGGUAAUCAAAAUUAAUGUUUACUUGGUUUCUUAAUUUUUUUUGUCUUGUAUUUCGAUAAUUUACAGACUGGAAGAUAUGGGAACUCGAGGAAUACCUCUGGAUAAGAUCAAUUUACGUUUGAUUUUGGUGAGUGGAAAAACAAAGGAGUACCUGUUCUCCCCUAAUGACUCCGCGGGAGAUAUAACAGAGUCCGUAUAUAGGAACUGGCCUUCAGAAUGGGCUGAUGAGAGUUUACCUGGCAGUAAUAUUCUACGACUCAUUUAUCAAGGAAGGUUCCUACAUGGAAAUGUAACACUAGGAGCUUUGCAACUACCACAAGGGAAGACAACUGUCAUGCAUUUGGUGCCCCGAGAAAACUUACCAGAGCCAAACAAUCAAGGACAGUUAAAGAAAGACAAAAGUGGUGAGAGCAACUGUAGUAAUUGCUGUGUUAUAGUGUGACGUCUCAUCUUCAUUAUCUUCUCUUCUUUUAUCCGACACUGGGGAGUGCUGGGCAGGGAUCGUGUUCCGUCAACACUGACCAGUCUGCCACAGACUCAACUACAUAUUGACUUUUAACUAUAGCUAGUCUGUGAUAACAAUAUAUAGAGGGGACGUGAUCGGAGGAUUUUCAGGGAGCAUCUACAGACACAUCUCGGCAUUGAUUUACAAAGUCACAAAAAGGAACAAGAAGUAAAAUAAACAGGAAUUCAAUGUAAACAGUUAGAAUUUCAUAGAAAAUCUUUCCAGUACCAUUAAUUCUGAAUUGUUAGAAAGUUCAGAUCAUGCAUAAUAUUACCAUUUCUGGAUUAAUGUGCAAGUAUAACCAAAUAAGGAUUGUUAAAAAUAAUCAAAACAGUCUUAAUAUAAAAAUCAAUAUGAUUAUUUGUAAAGAAAUAAUGUACAUAAGAGUAAAUUAGCCAGUACAAACCAAAUCCUCUGAGCAGUUAUUGUAAACUAAUUUGUGAAAUAGAUAUAAUGUUAUUUUCGGAAGCUAGAUGCUAUUUCAUAAUUAUGAAAGAGCCAGUAAUGGUGGCUUGACUACAUUAGACAUGGCACUGAUUUAUAAGUCAAUACAAUGCUAGCUUCCUUGAUGCGAGAUGAGUUGGGCCCGGUUUUUGUCAGUUGUUCAGUGUUAUUGGCAGAAGAAUUCUUGAAUGAUUAAGUCCUUUUAGAUCACGUAACAAAAAAGGACACAUUUUACAGUCCAAGGCUUUUCACUUCGUUCAUUAACUCUGUUCUACGACUGACAGUCAGCGCCCUUCCUGCACCUCUUUUAUUCAGUAUAUAUCUUGUCUAUAAUAUUGAUUUUUGAUGUUUUUCUAGAGAAAUAUAUUGUUUUUUAAAAAAAUUGCAUUUUCAAUCACCAUGUAUGAAAAUGUGUUUUUAUAUAGUGAUGAAUUAAGUUGUUUUUAUUUGUUGAUCUUAAUUCAAGUGAAAUUGCUGCCUAGGUGAUUGAGAAACUUAAAAGAAUGUAAGAUUUUAAUGUCCUGAAUUGAACACAAUUGAUUUAAAUGAUGAUGAUUUUCUGCAACACCAUUCCUUCAUAAUAAUACAGCUACAGAACUGUAUGUAUCUGCAAUCAUAUCAGACAAACUGGAGUAGCUUUAAAUUAUAUCAGAAAGAAAUUCUUCUGAAAGCCAGUGAAGUCUGGAUAAAAACAAAAAAAUUGAUAUUUGGGAACAAAUUGUAUGAUAAAAAUAAAACAGUUGUUUUCAGGUACAUUCGACAACAUUGCAUAAUUGAUAUGCAGAAGUGCAUUUUAAACAGAUAGAUAGUUUUGAGGAUAAUUUUCAUUAUUAAUGGAAGGAAAGUGAAAGCGUGAAGAAUGAAUAGAUGUAUAAUACUGUGUAUUGUAUCCAGUGAUGUGUCAAAACCAGAUAUGUGAUGCUUUAUAGACAGACUGAAUGACUUGUGCAUUUAAUGACAUAGUUAAUACUUCUAAAUCAUUCUCUUUUUUUGCUUACUUAUUCAACAGGAAAAAGGGGUCUACUUUUUAUAUUUUCUUUAUAUAAUUCAGUCUCUAUAAAUAGUUUAUGAUUUAUUGAAUAACUAACGAAUAUUAGUAAUUAAUGCACAAAUUUUUAAAUUUCUAUCCACAUUUUGCAGAUUUUCAUUAUGCUUUUGUAUUGUGUUAUUUUGAGCUACAGGUUUUAGGAAUGUAAUGUCUUUUUCAUAUAGAUGAGCCAUUUAAAUUGCAUUGCACAUUUAAAGCAAACUACUUGCAGGUUCUUGUUGCACCAAAAUGCUUUAUGAUGCUUCUAUGAAACUAAAAUUCCUUCUGCAAUAUAAAUGUAAUUAAAUUGAUAAAGAUCAAUUGAGAAAAUUAGAAUGAUUUUAAAAAUGUUUUUAUUUUAUUAGUUAUGAAUAAGGAAAUUUAAAGUAUUAUAUGGCAGAUGAAUAAAUUAAAAUCAGGUAUGGUCCAAGAUACCAGACACAAAUAUAUGGUUUAUAUUUGGUUAAAUUGAUUGACACUUGCAGUAUAUUUGCUCAGAUUAGUUUUGGUUUGUGUUGUCUAUAUAUUUUUAUAUUGACAGGAAAGCUAUUGUAUAAUAAAUAAAAAAUGAUAUAAAGGUAUAACCCACAAGCAGGAAUAAAAAAAAAAAAUUCUUGCAUGCUAAAUCUGACAAUUUUAAUGUCUUUGAUGUUAUUAUUCAGUAUUGUAUGGUAGGGGAAUACAUGUUGAAAGGUGAUGCUCUGCAAAUUGAUUUACCAAAGUUUCAUGGUUAGCCUUACUUUAAGAAAGCCUUGGCAGCUUCACUCUAUGCAGUUUACAGGGAAAAAAAUAUUUGGAUAUAUCAAGCUAAAUUUCAGAUGACUAGCUUUUUUAAAUACAGUAUCAUUUAGGGGUUUGCUGAAGAACUAAAGGGUUUCCCUGAAUUUUUAUUUGCAAUUUGAAAUAUCCAAAUAUGUUAUUAAAUGUAACGGGGAAGAAAUAUAAAGACUGUCUCAUUAAGUUAUAGUAAAGAUAAAAUUGGUAUGCAAAGUGUUUAAAGUCAUUGAAAAUUGAAUGUAUUUGGACCAACAGAACUUUUUGCUAUAGAAAUUUGCAUUAGAAGAUAACAUCUGUAUAUACUGAAUUGUCAUCAUGAUCACAAUCUUGAAUCAGGUUUGUUGGAGUAUGUCUCGUUUUAUUUUGAAUGUAAUAACAGUACAGUGGAUGUCUUUUUUCCGUGAUUACAAGUGUAUUCUUGUAACAUUUUUUAUGUACUCUGAUAAGCCUUUUUCAGUCUUGUUUCUUUAUUUUAUUUCUGAGGGAAUUUACUGAUACACAAGAAAGUAAUACUUUCUACCAGCUUUAUUUCUGAAUUCAUGAUGUGGAGCAUUUUGUUAUAAAUAUUUAUAAGUAUUUGAAGAAUGGUUUGUGACUGAACAAACAGCCUUAAAGAAAACACGAAUUUUGAAUGUCAAACACCAUUACAAGAAUAAAAUUUUAGUUGCAACACAAUCCACUGGUUUUUGUGUCCUUUACCACAAGUACACCACAAGUACAAAUUAAAGUGUGUAAAAAUAAGGGACACAGAAACCAGUGGCAGAUGCAGAAAGAUUUCCUGAAUUUAUUGUCUUUGAUAUUCAGCUUGUAAAUUAGACAUUGUAAUAAUUAUCUAAGGAAGUCAUCAUUAAACAAGCCAACCUACAGAUGACAAAGUUGGUGCUCAACUUAAAUGUAGUGACUUGUUAUAUAUCUGUAAAUUUUGAAUUGUAUGUAUAUCUUGUUGAUAUGUUUUUUCUUGUGUAGUUUAAUCCAAUUCCCCAAACAAAGACUAUGCUGUGAAGUGCAAUACAUGUAAAGCGAAAUUUUAAUGUGAAAAAAAGCUGCCAUGUAUAAGAAUGUGGAUUAUUGUAUGUCGUUGGAGGACUGCAUCUUUUGAAUUGUUAAGGAGACAGAUUUUGUGAUACCUAGUUGUUAUUUACACUGAUAUAUUGCUGUCAUGUCAUGGGCUGUCCUGGAUAGUCCCUUUCUUGUCUGAUUUUAAGGGGCAGGUCAUUCAAUGAUACAUGUUGUGGAUCUGUCACAUCAUAAAAAAAGUAAUUAAAAUUUUUAAUGAUGAAA